AUUUAAAAUAGUUCAUUUAGAUGUAGAUUAGAUGAUGUAACAUUAGAUAUUUAACUUGUCAACAUGAACGAUUGUGAUAGUGAAAAGAGAGGAUACAUAACGGACUGGAGUGAUUUUUUGGCGAAGGCAAAAAUACAUUUUGAACAAAAUUGGUCUAAGAAUGAAGAUAGUAAAGUAACCAUUUCCGAUUUUGAGCCCUUACAGACUAUCGGAACUGGCUCUUUUGGUAGAGUAUUUCUUGCUAGAGGAAAAAAUACUGAUACCUAUUACGCGAUAAAAGUGCUGGAAAAACACCAAAUAUUGAAAAUGAAACAAUUGGAACACACCUUGAACGAAAAGAGAAUACUCCAGUCAACGGAUUUUCCAUUCAUUGUACAUAUGGAAUGUUUUUUCAAAGAUAACGUGUACCUUUAUUUUGUGAUGCCGUACAUCGCUGGCGGUGAGCUAUUUUCUCAUUUGAGAAAGGCAGGUAAGUUUUCAGAAUCAACGGCAGUGUUCUAUGCAUCCCAAGUUGCGCUUGCACUGGAAUUACUUCAUUCAUUGGACAUUGCUUAUCGGGACCUCAAACCGGAAAAUAUAAUCUUGGAUAAAUGGGGAUAUGUGAAGCUGACUGAUCUGGGAUUUUGCAAACUCGUUAAGGGAAGGACCUAUACCUUGUGUGGAACGCCGGAAUACUUGGCCCCUGAAAUAAUACUUAGCAAAGGUUAUGGUUUGGGCGUAGACUGGUGGUCAAUGGGUGUCCUCAUAUAUGAGAUGUGUGCUGGUUAUCCACCUUUUUAUUCCAACGAACCUAUGAAGAUCUACGAGCAAAUUGUGAUUGGAAAAUUCCGGAUGAUACCAGCUUUUUCGAAUGAGCUUAAAGAUCUUUUAAGAAAUAUGCUCCAGAGUGACGUAUCGAAGCGUUUUGGAAAUCUGAAAAAUGGAGUUGAAGAUAUUAAGGAACAUCGUUGGUUCAGACACAUUGUGUGGUUAGAGAUCUUGAAUAAGAAAAUCCAAGCGCCAUUCAUUCCACACUUGAAGAGUCGAGGCGACGCUAGCAACUUUGACUCCUACGAUGAAGAGCCACUAAGGACAGCAUCUAAGAAUAGAUUUUCCGAGGAGUUCAAGGAUUUUUAAUCGAUAAAUUUGUAAAAGAUUACCCACCUUGUACUCUUCCAAAUCUGGAUCCCCCUUUUUAAUUUAUAUGUUCAACAGCUACUUGUUUUUAGAGAAAGAUCUUUAUGCUGGAUCAAGCGCAAUGCUGUAUCAUGUAAUUAUUUUUUUUUUAUAUAAGGACUAAGAAUAAAUGAAAUAUAAUAUUA